AUGUAUACACAUUUCCUCCUCAGUGAUCAACGCUGGCAUUUUGGUUGGUUUCUCUGUGACUUAUGGUUAAUGGUCGAUUAUGUCGUUUGUCUCGCAUCAAUAUAUACUGUACUUGGUAUCACAAUUGAUAGGUAUUGUUCAGUAAAGUAUCCUGCAGCCUAUCGAAAUUGGAGGACACCACGACGGUUUAUCUUAACCGUAGCAAUUAUAUGGCUGAUUCCAACCAUAUUAUUUGGCUUGUCAAUAUUUGGCUAUGAUAAAUUUACGGGUGAGCGAAUAUUGAAAGAUGAUGAAUGUUAUGUGCAAUUUAUGACAAAUCCAAUUUUAAAUAUGGGAAUGUAUAUCUCAUAUUAUUGGUCAACAUUAUUUGUCAUGUUGUAUUUGUAUUGGGGUAUUUACCGAGCUGCUAAAUUAUUAGCUGCUAAAAGUGAACAGAAAAACAAACGAUUAGCAAUGUUAAAUGAAAUGAGAAGGAAUACGAAGCAAGAAACACCCUCUUUAACAGCAUGUAAAAGUAGUGAACAGGAAAGUGUACCGGAAACUUCAUCUUCAUCACAUUCAAGAAACGCAACGGCAAUUAAUUCUCGACAACUUCCAACAGCUUCUAAAAAGCAAUUACUUCACCAAAGCAGUAAUAACAAUAUCGUUCAUCCGGUUGGAAAAGAAACUACUGCUAUUACGAAUACUGCUGCUACUGCCGAUAUCAAUACUUCCAUAAUACCUUUGGUCCCAAAGAGAAGUAUCAAAGGUGGAUCAAACAAUAGCAGAGGAUUUUCAAUCAAAAAGCCGCUUUCGUUCAUUUCAAAUUUGAGAAAUGCUCAAGUAGAUUGCAUUAAUGAUGAGAACAUACCUAAUGAAGAAAGAAUUGUGUGCCAUUUUGAACUAAGCUCAAAAGUAAGCAGUGCUAUGGAACGUGAAAGUACAGCACCAUGUGUAUCACCGGAAAUUUCGGAUCCGGAUGCAGAACAGCAAACACCAUUCAGUGCCGCUCAUCGUAUUCCAUUUAUUGAUAUUGAUAGUUUAACAUCAUUAGUUGGGCAUGAUGAUGUUUAUGAGAUACCGCCUCGGAUUGAGGUUAUCGAGGAACCAAAGCAUAUUUUGGUAACAUCGGAAGAAGUACGUCGACCGCUGCUAACAGCCGCUCAAGUGACACCACGAAAGCAUUCUUUACAAGGCAUUUAUAAUAUCAUUAAUGUUGUUCGUAAAAGAAGUUUAGGACGACUUAAAAAGCAACAAUGCAAGAAUGAAUAUAAAUCAAAAUCUGAAAAUCGAGCACGAAAGGCAUUACGUACAAUAACAUUUAUCCUUGGAACAUUUACAAUCCUUUGGACACCGUUUUAUGUAUUAGCAACGGUGAUGGGAUUUUGUGAUUCGUGUAAGAAUUCGAAAAUAUUCAAUUUCUUCUAUUCCAUUAGUUAUUUUCUAUGUUAUAUGAAUAGUCCAAUUAAUCCAUUUUGCUAUGCCAUGGCUAAUCAGCAAUUUAAGAAAACACUUAUACGUAUUUUAAGUUGUGAUUUUAAACGUUCAUAG